AUGACUUCAACUGCCGUGAGAGUGGGUCUUCGUGUCAGACCUCUGACCAAAAAAGAGGAGCUUACCAACUGCACCGAAUGCAUCACCUUUAUCCCAAACGAGCCUCAAAUUUUAGUGGGCACAGACAAAUCAUUUACAUAUGAUUACGUUUUCAACACUGAAUCUGAGCAAAAGCAGGUUUAUGAAACAUCAGCAUCACCACUAUUAGAAAAAUUUAUUGAGGGUUUCAAUGCCACUAUCCUUGCUUAUGGCCAAACUGGAUCAGGCAAAACCUUUAGCAUGGGCACAGGUCUCGAGAGCUCAGUGAAUCCUGAGUACGAAGGUAUCGUACCACGUUGUAUUGUUGACCUAUUCCGAAACUUGGAAGAACGAUCCGAGUCCAAUAGCGACUUCAACUAUGAAGUCUAUGUGUCAUUUCUCGAAUUAUAUAACGAAGAAUUGAUUGAUCUGCUGAGUCCACAGUUGCAGCAACAAGCAGCUACCAACAAACGAAGAAGCGGCGUGCCAUUGCAGCCAGUCAAUAACGCAGUCGAAGUGACCAUUCGAGAGGACAUUGCAGGCAACAUUUACUGGAGUGGUGUCCGCGAAGAACGAUGCUACAACCCUGAGGAAUUACUGUCAUUUCUCUCCAAGGGAUCGCUUUGUCGUACCACAGGCUCUACAGAGAUGAACACCGUAUCCUCUCGUUCGCAUGCUGUCUUUUCCGUCAUAUUAAAGCAACAAAAAUCUGCAGAGGAGCCUUCCAUCACUAGCAAAUUCCAUUUUGUCGAUUUAGCUGGUUCAGAAAGAUUGAAACGUACCAAUGCACAAGGCGAUAGAGCCAAAGAAGGCAUUUCCAUCAACUCGGGGCUAUUGGCUCUAGGCAAUGUCAUUUCUGCUCUCGGUGAUGAGGCUCGUCGCACAUCGCAUGUCCCCUACCGUGAUAGUAAACUGACUCGUCUGUUGCAAGACUCUCUGGGUGGUAAUAGUCAAACACUCAUGCUAGCAUGUGUCUCGCCAUCCGACUCCAAUUUCAUGGAAACACUCAACACACUCAAAUACGCCAACCGCGCUAGAAACAUCAAGAACAGAGUAACCAUCAACCAAGACUUUGCGGGUUCGUCUAUCGAAGUCAACCAGCUGAGAGCACAACUUGCAAGACUUCGCAUUGAACUGGCUUCUGUAAGAGCUGAAAAUGCGGGUUCGGGUGAUCAUCGCACAUCAAGCCGAGGUCCUUAUCACCACUCUUAUGGCGGCGUUGGGUCAUCUAAUCAACGUGAUGAUGAGGUGCGAGCACUUCGAGCUGAAGUAUCUAGACUGCGAGACCGUAUUCAAGACAUGUCCACCAACUUGAUUCAAGUGACAAGUGAGCGUGAUACCAUGGUCAUGGAACGAGAGCUAGGCGAGUUCAUGAACAACCCUGAUUUCAACGAUGAGGAACUACUGAUGACAAGCCGUCGUAGCUCUUACAUUGUGGAUGGUGAUACCAAUGUUACAUCUCAUUCGGUCAAGACGCACCCGCUGGUAGCUCAGUAUCAGAAGACCAUUUCAGACCUCACCAAUGAACUAUCUGAUACCCGUGACAGAUUAGCCUUUCUUGAAAGCACUAAAUCAGCUGGUGUGCAUGCCAUGGCUGCUGCUGCUACUACUACGCCCAUGUCGUUUUCAGGCACAACUUUUCAUAGGCCGGAACAAAGCUUUUCAUCCAGCUCGCGUCGUCGCCACGGUGCUUCUUCUGGUAGCAAUAGAGCUAGACGUGGUAGACGAUCCAAAACCUCCUCUGCUAAUUCAAGCACAGUGACCUCCAAUGUUACCGUGCGCAAAUCUGGCAAGCGUGCUGUCAGACAUCAUCCUGUCAUGUCACAGAGCUCCAGCCUAAGAACAUCUCGCAGCAACAAGAACAGAAAAAGCCGCCAACAACAGCAUGGUGCUUCUGAUGACGAUGACUUUGACCAAGAUGAAGGUUUCGUUAAUGAAGAUGGCUAUGUCAAUGAAGACGAAAUCAAACAAAGCAUUGCUAAAGCAAAAGCCGAGAUCCAAAAGGGCAUGGAAGUGCUCGACCUGAUCAAGCCCAUGGAAGAGGCUGCUCAAUCUUGGGAAGACGAGUUGGAGGCCUUUGAGAAGGCUGAAAAGGAACUAUAUGAAAAGACCAGCCAUAUUGAAAGAUCAGAGUCAGACGAAGGCAACUACACCUCUACAUCCUCACCUGUUGAUGAUGGCCAGCGUCAAAGCAGCAAUGACCUCGAUUUGAUGCUGGAGAUUGAAGCGUUAUCUGUGCCUACUUGGGAUCACAAGUCGACUACUACCAACAAAAUGGCCCGCCCGUUGGAUGAAGAAGACAAUCACUCUUUUGGCUCCUCUGCCACGUCCAUGCACUCUUAUGUCAAGAAUGACGCUACUACAGACAAGCAGAAUCCUCAAAUGGUGCGCAUGCUCCAUCAGAUCCAGUCUGAUAUCCGUGUCAAGGAGGAGCUUGUGUCUCAUUUGGAGAAAUCAGAGACCAAAUACGCUUUUAUGCGUCGCAAGUUUGACGACAAGAUAGCUGAAUUGCACGCUCAACUCGCUGAAUUGCAAAAAGACAGAGACCAAGCACUUGCCAAGACCAAAUCCACCUUUGCUGCUGCUCCCAACCGUGCUGACAUGGCCAUGCAACUGAAAGAGAAACAGCAGCUCAUUGAAACGCGCCAUGUGUAUGAAAACAAGAUGAAGCAGCUGGUGAUUGAGAUCCACGAUCUAAAACGAAACUACUCCCGUACCAUCAUGAACAUGCAAUCCACACGUAACCAGCAUGAGUCCUUGCUAAGAUCACUGCGCGUCAAUGUUGAGACACUCAAGGUGGAAAAGAAGCGUAUGAUUAAGCGUAUGAAGCAAGAAACAGAACGUGUGCGUGAACAAAUGGCUUUGCAAGAACGCAAGAUCUCCAAGAUGCAGCGCCAGUACACGGAGGCCAAUCAUGCUAGAACCAGGCUGGAACGUGAACACGAAGCCCAAAAGCUGACACUGAAGCGUCGUGAAAAGGAGAUUGUCAUCAACAAUAGUCAGUUGAAGCAACUGACGGAUAUGCUCAAGAAGGCUGUGCGCGAAGGUGGCAUGUUGGACGAUCAACUGCUGAGCAAGGUGUCUCACAUCAUGGGUGGUAGUUUUGCUGCUGUCGUGCGUCGUGGUGGUAUGCGCAACUUGCCUGGAUUCCGUCAGAUUCGCAAGAGAAAGAACCCCAUUCCUGUCCAUGUGCGUGUGGAGCGCAAGAAGCAACUGCUAGACAAGAUGCUGUAUCAGUUUAUUCAAGGAAAGCAGGCCAUUGUGGAGAUGGAGCAAGUGCUGUUUAGAAGAGAAAGAUUAGCCUCAGAGAAGCUGGAGCUGUUGGAGGAGCGCAAGAGCAUUUAUAUGGCAGAAAAGGAGACGGCUGAUCUGACAGGCGAGCCAAUGGACAUGCUAGCCAUUGAUCUGGCCGAUGAGCGUAUUGACUUGAUUGAAGCAGAAAUCUCGUAUCUGUCUGCUCGUAUCAGAGCGCUGCAAUCUGAAGCUGCUGGUGAAGCCGACGAUAUGCUUGCACAGUCGCCUGAUAGUGGCAGUGGUCGUCAUCAAGAGAAGCGCAAAGUGACAUUUGCAGACGAAAUUGUCAGUGAUCCAGCACCCAACGAUGAAUGGGCUGAUAUGGACGCUCUUGAAGAACAGUUCAACGUGCCAUCCAACGCUGCUCCUGAACUGGUCUACGAUGUUACCAUCAAAUUGCUCAAGACACUGGAGGCAGAUGAAUGUCGCAGCAUCACAGAGGCUCUGGUGGACGAUAUCACCAACGCGCGUAUGAGCGAAUGCAAUCGUCAAAUGACUAUGCAGAACCUGGAAAAGACGGUGCAAGAUUUACGUCGCACACUGAUUGUCAUGAAACGUGCUGCUAUUGCGACUACGGUAGAAAAUGAGCGUAGAAUCAGAAAGCUGGAAGAAAAGAACAAUGGUGUCAGCAAGACAGGUGAUAGCAUUGACAACAAGAUUGAAGACUACAUUAUGAACAGUGGCAACACCAUCUUUGACAAGAUCUAUGAGGAUGGCCUGCGAGGCAUGAUUGGUACACCUGAACCAGAGUACAUCAUGAACGAAUCUCCAGAUGAAGCGUCUGUAUCCACUGCAAGCUACGAAAGAAGAAGCAGCACACAAUCAGAAGGUUUGAUGCCACCGCCUUCACCAUUGACAUUGCCAGCUUACACAGCAUCCACUGCUACCAACAACCUCAUGCUCUCCCCUACACGUCCGCCUACCAGUACUGGUGUGCGUGCUCCUGCUUCCCUCUCAGAGAAGGGCGGUGUUAUGCGUGUCAACAAUAGCAGCUACCCUACUCGUGAUUUGACGCCCUCGCCAGAUCGAUUCUACAAUAUGAUCCAAAAGCGCUUGUCAUGGCAGCAACGUGUGGGUGGCUCUGAAUCCCCCAUCCCCAUGACCAUGGUGAAUCCUGCGGAGUUCUCUCGUUAUGCUAAUGAUCGCGAGUCUUCUACCUCCUCUAUCCACAGUGGUCAUUUGCGCCGAGCCUCACUUCAAUCUGAUUUCUCAUCCUCACAAAACUCUUACAACAACACCAAUGGCAGCAGUGGGCCACCCACUGUGUCAUCUACACAGAGCUCUUUACGAAAGCGUGCUUUCUCUGUUCAACAGCCACCUGUACAAGCUCAACAAUUGCAAUAUAAACAAGCGAGCAGGCGUGCUUCGUUGCGUGAACUCUCUCUCAAGGGCACCAAUGGCUCUCCCAUGACACAUAGUAGUUCUAGUAUCAACUACGUAAGCGAUUAUGAUUACGAACCUACAGCGACCAUGUCCUUCCAAAGAUACCCUGGGCAACAACAACAACAACAGCAGCAGCAACAGCAGCAGCAAGUGCUUAAGCGUCCACCGCUUGUGAGUACAUCUACGUUGGAUAGCAGAUCAACCACACCCAAUGGCGGUAAUGUGUUUGCUCGAUUAUCACAGACGCCCACACGUGCUUCUCAAGCCAAGAUAUCACAUCGCCACAGUAGUAGUAGCAUGGAUGAAUUGAGAAUGCGAUGGGAACUUGAGCGUACACCAAGUGCCAUGAGUGGGUCCUAUUUCGGUGAUUAG